GUCUUAUAUUUUAAGAUUUUCUUCUAUCGCUUCGUAACCGUUUCUUUAUGCCUCUUUGUCAUGAUACAAGAAACUACAUUUGGCUUGUCCAACAUUUCGUAAGAACAUUUAAAAAUAAAUAUACGCGACGACCAACAGUAUCGCUUUCUUUCCCGGGUUCUUUUAAGUUUAGUUGAGUUUAGUCACUAUACACGAUGCGAAGCACAUGGAGAGACAGGGAUCGGGACUUCCAGAAACAUUUAGCUGAUGGUGAAACUACUGAACGUCGCUUAAAAGAGACUUUACAUACCACGUAUACAGAUAAUGAACCACUACCAGGAUUCGAUCCUAAUAAGGACGAUCUUCAAUAUUACCGUGCUCAACAUUGUAUUGAUUGCGAUGAAGUGUAUCCUGGAAUAUACAUUGGUGAUGCGGCUACAGCAAAAAAUAAGAAUUACCUUAAAAUGUUAGGCAUAACGCAUUUGUUGAAUUCUGCUGAAGGAAACAGAUUUGGAUUUGUAAAUACAGAUAAAUCUUAUUAUCAAGAUACAACAAUAAGGUAUCUUGGUUUACCACUUGCAGAUUUAUUUACUACAGAUAUUAGCAAGUACUUUUAUACUGCUGCAGAUUUUAUUGAUGAAGCUGUCUCUACAGGAGGUAAAGCUUUUGUACACUGCAUGUUAGGAAUAUCACGCAGUGCAACAUGUGUAUUAGCAUAUUUGAUGAUAAAAAAAGAAAUGUUAGCUGUUGAUGCUGUUCGAAUAGUUCGCAAAAAGCGUUGUAUUCAACCAAAUGAUGGCUUCCUUCGUCAGUUAGCACAAUUAGAUAAUCAAUUACGGAGGCAACGUUUAUAAUUAAAUACAACGCUAAUGAAAGUAUUAAAAAGUUUGGUAAAAUAUGUUAAGAAUGUUAUACAUACAUGCACAAAUACUUAAUUUUAUAGGCAUAUAUUUCACAUGAAUAGCUUCAUGGUGUUUAGACACGCACCCUGCAAUUUAAUAUUUUAAGCUUACACGCUAUUUACGAACUUCUCUAUAAAUUGUGUAAAACAUAAAAAUUUAUUUUUUUACACAAGUUCUAUAUUUUAGAUUACUUUAUUAAUUGAAUGUAUAUUUAUUAUUUACAAAUUUAAAAAGGAAGGAUUCCAUUAUAAUUAUAUAAAAUGUAUAUAAAAGAAAUAUAUAAUACUUGAUGUACUACAUGA